AGAACCAAAUCCCCGACCGCGUGUAUAUGUGACAGAAUCCUGGAUAUAUCAAGUGUCAAGAACCAGUCUGGAUACCUCUUUGAUCAGAGAGUUUCACCUUGGGACCGUCUUCCCACAAUGCGGACAUCACUAGUUCUUUUGUUGCUUUCUGCUACGCUUAGUAGAGCAGAUACAUGUUCUACUAUAAAAAAACAAACGAAUAUCGAUGUGGCGUAUCCUCUUGACCUAGACUAUAUUGAUGAGCAAGGAAAGUAUUGGUCUACGUCGUGUAGCGCACUCAAGCCUUCCUGUAUUCUGUUCCCGACCUCGGCGGCUGAGGUGUCUACCAUACUUCAAAUUAUAAAUGAAGGCGAUGAGAGUUUCGCCGUUAAGUCAGGAGGCCACAACCCCAACAGUUACUUCUCUAGCGUCGCUAGCGGACCGUUAAUUUCCACGGCACGUCUGAAUGAGGCCAUUCUCGAUUCCAACACCGGUGUUCUGCGUAUGGGACCUGGUAACCGGCUUGACGAUAUUGCGAAAAAACUGCAGGGUUCAGGCUGGACAUUCGUGGGUGGGCGAAUUGGGAAUACUGGCACCGGUGGGCUUAUGCUUGGCGGCGGUCUAUCUUACAUGAGUGCACAAUACGGCUGGGCAGCAAGUUCAGCUCUCGAGUAUGAGGUGGUGUUGGCGAACGGAACGAUCGUGACCGCCUCAGACACUGAAAAUGCCGACCUAGCCCGAGCGUUGCGAGGGGGUGGCAAUAAUUUCGGCAUUGUAACGACAUACACGCUCCAAACGUAUCGCCAAGGGAAUAUUUGGGGUGGAAAUGUGAUUUUUAAACAUACUGACAAGGUAGCGUCGAAUCUACUUCAGGCGGUUCGAGACUUUACAGAGUAUAACACAGAUGACCGAGCAGCCGUCAUCGUGACGGCAGAACGCAGCACGGGGCUCGUGAUUCCUGAGCUCAUUGACAUCGAACUUCUCGACACUUGGAUCCUGUUCCUAUUCUAUGAUGGGCCGACACCCCCUGCUGAUCUUUUCCGAAACUUCACAGAGGCUGGGGUGCCGAUAGCGAACUUUGCAAAGCAACGGACAUACUCCGAGUACAUUAGUGGCAGCAAUUGGGUUGUCGUGAAAGGCUCCGUUGUACAAAUUGGCACAGAAACCAUACCUUUGCCUUCAAGCCAAGACAAUGACAUAGUGAUGGAAGGCAUCCAUGAACACUGGCGCAGCGUUUCGAGCAAGACACUACUCGAACUUGGCGGCAUAGCCUCAAUUGCUUAUCAGCCGUUCCCGAAGGCCAUUGCACGGCAAGCAAAAGCCAGGGCUCCAGAUUUGAUAGACGCAGAUGAUGACGCGGACCGUCUCAUCCUAGAGCUGAACUACAGCUUUAUACCACAGAUUGACUAUCAAAAGAUGGGCGACGUUCUUGAGGAAACGUACACGGGUAUCCGGCAGCGCGUACUCGGAUGGCAGGAAGUGGGCGUCUUGUCCGACGUGUACUGCCCCGUUUUCAUGAACUAUGGUUUCUACCGACAGAACUACUGGGAACGCCUCCGCCCUGAAAGUCGGGCGUUCGCUCAACAAGUUGCGGCAAAGUACGACCCUGAUAACUUCUUCAGGGAUCGAACUGGGGGCUGGAAGCCUUGAACAGUUGCGCCUUUUAGCUGUAAUUCUGUAAAAGGUGAUGUGACGGUUUAAAAUGUGUCUUGCGUCUUAUGUCUAUUUGGGAAAAACUGUCGAAUU